UCCUCUUUUCGGACUCGUCUUCCCCCUUCUCCCUCCCGUGUCCCGAUCCAGCGCGCAGGCCCACGCCAACCUCGGCCGUCGCCUCCGCCUGCACGCCCACGCCCACGCCUACCGCUGCCUGCCUUCGCCUCCCCCGGCGGUCAGGCGCGCUGCCUGCCCCUGCGCCUCGACAGGGACAGGGGGCAGCGGCGGGGGAGGUCGUUCUCCUCCUGCGCGGCGAGGGCUGUGAGCCACCACGGUGGGUCAACCUCCAGCAAAUAGAUCGGGCGCAUUCUUACCAAGUCUUCAAUCUAAAUUGUAGCAAUAAACUGCAAUAUUCCUGGCGGAAAUGGCGAGCACAGCGUGCUUUGUGAUUGUUAGUAAGAAUGAUAUCCCAAUUUAUGAUGCUGAAGUUGGAUCUGCUCCAAAAAAAGAAGAUCAAGCUUAUCAGCAUCAGUUCAUUUUGCAUGCUGCAUUAGAUGUUGUUCAGGAUCUUGCUUGGACUACAAAUGCGAUGUCUCUGAAGUCGGUAGAUAGAUUCAAUGAACUUGUGGUGUCUGUCUAUGUAACUGCUGGUCAUACGAGAUUUAUGUUGCUUCAUGAUACACGGACUGAGGAUGGAAUAAAAAGCUUCUUUCAGGAGGUUCAUGAACUUUACAUCAAGAUAUUUCUCAAUCCACUCUACUUACCUGGUUCUCGCAUCACGUCCUCUCACUUUGAUACCAAGGUCAGAGCUCUUGCAAGGAAAUACCUGUAGCAUCCAGUCAGGAGGAAGACGUUUUUUUACCGAACACUCAGGUGGAAGACUUUGUAAGCUCCACAGGCUCGAACUUUGUGGUGACACUUUCUUUCUCUGUUUAGUUCUGACUAUUAAAGGACCUAUACAAUUUGUAAUAAGCUACUACCCCUGAUCUAGAGCUUUCUUUGUUAAUUUCUUGGUUUUUCUCUCCCUUGGCUCAUUGUAUUUUGAGCAGCAAAUUAUUGAAAUAGCCUACCCUGCCGAAA